UUCCGGUAGAAAACAGAACAAAGCCCGUCGUGUCUGUUUUCACGUGCUGUGUUGAAGGUAACAGGCGUUACGGCUGCUGAUUUGAGAUUACAUCAACAUGCCUCGAGUUUACAUCGGACGGCUGAGUUAUCAUGUCCGCGAGAAAGACAUCCAGAGGUUUUUUAGCGGUUAUGGGAAGCUGCUGGAGGUGGAUCUGAAAAACGGGUAUGGAUUUGUCGAGUUUGAAGACACGCGUGAUGCUGAUGAUGCGGUCUAUGAACUGAAUGGAAAAGAGCUGUGUGGAGAGCGAGUCAUGGUCGAGCAUGCCAGGGGCCCUCGCCGAGACCGUGACAGCUAUGACCGAGGGGGUUAUUAUGGAGGCGGAGGUGGUGGCGGCGGUGGGCGCAGUGGUUACAGCAGCAGAAGUCGCACUGGUAGAGACAAGUACGGCCCACCUGUUCGAACGGAGCACCGGCUCAUUGUGGAGAAUCUGUCUAGCCGCUGCAGCUGGCAGGACCUUAAGGAUUUCAUGCGACAGGCAGGUGAGGUGACCUAUGCGGAUGCCCAUAAGGAGCGUGCCAACGAGGGGGUCAUCGAGUUCCGUUCAUACUCUGAUAUGCGGAGAGCUCUGGAAAAACUGGAUGGAACGGAUAUCAAUGGCAGGAAGAUUCGCCUCGUUGAAGACAAGCCACGGCGUCGGCGUUCCUACUCUGGGAGCCGCUCUCGGUCUCGUAGCCGACGUCGCUCUCGUAGCAGGAGCCAUCAUAGCAGCCGUUCCCGGAGCAACUCAAGAUCUCGCUCAAGGUCUCAUUCUCGCCGACACCGCUCCCGGUCCAGGUCGGGACGCAAGUCUCAUUCAAAGUCCCCAUCAAGCAAGUCUCGCUCACGCAAUCGUAAAUCCCACUCUCGUUCUCGCACAAACAAAUCUCGUAGCCGAUCGGCUAGCCACAAAUCUCGCUCUCAAUCGGAUGAUCGCAAGUCUCGCUCUAAGAGUACUUCUAAGGUAAAGUCGGAUCGUGGACGCUCCAAGGAGAAGUCGGUCAGUAAGAAAUCCAGUAGUAGGUCUGCUUCACCAAUGGAGAACGGUGACAGGGUACGUGCUAAAUCGGCAUCCCGCUCUCCUACUCCUAAGGCAGAUAAGAGCUAUUCCAAGUCCCCAGACCGGCAUUCACUCUCUCGCUCGAAGUCUGGCUCUCGCUCUAAAUCCCACUCCCGUUCCAGAUCUGCUUCCCAAGACUAGUGCAGUUUGAUAUUUAGAACCCAGUUUGAUUUUUAGACCCCAUAGAAGUGAAAUUGUUCAAAGAUAGCUUUCUAAAGGUAAAACGAUCCAAGGUCCUUUGUAUUACAUCAGGUUUAAUUUGGUUAAGUGAUCUUUUAGUGUACUGCAUGUCAUUGUUUUCAUAAACUAUGAUCCUCUGAACUCAUUGAUGCAGGAAAAAGGUUAAUUGCAAACAGUCUGAUUUAAUUGUUUGUUUUAUAAAAAUUUCUCAGAUAUAUUGGUGUCUUUUUUUUUUCCCCAUGUCUAUUUUCACCCCUAAUAAAUUGUCCUGGU